UUAGUUGGUCCACUUUGCGAGUUCAUCGAUAUCAGGUGGUGCACUUUAAGGAGUUGGAGCAUAGCAUAUCCCAUAUAUCAUAGGCCUAUUCUGUCCUAUAGGGGCUGCCCUGUCAUACCUGUAUUACCUGACAUUCCACGCGUCACGUCGCAGAGAAAAAACCAAGUGAGCAAAAAUUAAAAUAGGGAAUGGAGGACAGCAAGAAAGAGGUGAGUCGUGACCGUCGCCAUGGCAGGAAGAAGGGACCGUCAAUGGCAGGAAAUCCGUCAGGAGUUCUUCUGGCCAACGGAAACGGAACCGGGCCGAAGAACGCAGCCAAGGCGAAUAAUGUGAACAAAAAGGUCUCAAAAGCCGGCGACAUUGAAAAACUGAGCGCCGAGGAGGAGAAGGCACUGCGCCAGCUGGUUAGCGACUUCAUGCAGAGCCGCGAGCCGGCGCAGCAGCUCCGCGGACUCACCAAGACGCAGCGCAGCCACGUGCACCAACUGGCCCAAAGUCGCGGCCUGAAGACUACUAGCAAGGGUGCCGAGGACGAUCGAGUCCUGACCAUAACGCGACCGCAGUCGGAAGGCCUCCAGCACUUCCUCCUGGACAACGCCAAGCUGCACAUGAGUGCCAAGCUCAGCAAUGCCCUUCGCGAGUUGAACGGGCCCGUGGAAAGGCGCCUGGACACCACCUGUCCGGGCUUCGUGCGCCACAAUCGGCUCCAGGAAGAGCAGCGACCAUCAAACUUCGGCCUGGUCGGACAGAAGCUGAUCCCGCCGCCACACAGCAACCGCAACAGGAACAUUCAGCAGGAGCGACAGGGCCUGCCCAUCUACAAACAACGCGAGAACAUACUCAGUGUUCUGCAGCGCGAACAGGUUUUGAUCAUUAAAGGAGCAACAGGCUCAGGCAAAUCCACCCAGUUGCCGCAGUACAUCCUCGAAUGGGCCGCCGAUCAUCGUGCUCCGGUCAGGAUUGUGGUAAGUCAGCCACGACGCAUAGCCGCGAUUAGUGUUUCCGAGCGUAUCUCCAAGGAGCGCGGCGAGGCACCAGGCAGUACAGUGGGCUAUCAGAUUCGCAUGAACAGCAAAUGCAGCAGCCACACGGUUUUAACCCUGACCACCAGUGGCUGCCUUUUACGUGCUCUGGCCAUGGACGGCGAGUCUUUCUUCAAGAACACGACUCACCUAAUAAUCGAUGAAGUACAUGAGCGUGAUCUAGACACUGACUUUCUGCUGCUGGCCACCAAAUUGGAACUGCAAAAGAAUCCCCAACUCCGCCUGGUGCUCAUGUCGGCCACCAUGGAUUUGAAGGCUCUGUCCGACUAUUUUGGCAAGGCCUCUGUGAUGGAUGUGGAGGGACGCAGCUUCGGGGUGAGGAUCUUUCAUCUGGAGGAUAUUCUCAGUGAGACUGGCUACAUGACUCCAAGAAUGGAGCAGUUUUUGGUGGAGCCGACAGGCGAAGAAGAUCCCGCCGAACUCCUGGCCGCCUAUUACGGUGGUCGCACAAUAAUUGACCCCGAAAUCGAUAACGAUCUUAUCGUUUCGUUAUUGGAGCUCCUAUUGCGCAGGGGCGACACUGGAGCGGUGAUUGUUUACCUGCCAGGGUACAAUGACAUGACCGCGCUGAUGGACCGCUUGGACAUGGCUCUGCCGCGGGACCAGAUCAAGAUCUUACUGCUGCACAGCCAGGUGGACAACAACGAGCAGCGCAAGGUGUUCCGGGUCUAUCACGGUGUACGUUUGAAGAUCAUCCUUAGUACAAACAUAGGUCAGACUUCAAUUACCAUUCCUGAUCUGCUCUACGUCAUCGACACGGGUCGCGCCAAGAUGAAGACCUAUGACCCGGCCACGGAUGCCUCUCAGCUAGCCAGUACGUGGAUCUCGCAGGCGGAUGCCAAACAGAGGGCGGGAAGAGCUGGACGCUUGCGCCAUGGCAUCUGCUAUAGACUCUACGACAGCGAGCGCCUGGCCAGGAUGGACCUGUACGCCAUUCCCGAGAUCAUGAGGCGUACCCUCGACGAAAUAUGUCUGAUGACCAAGGUGACAGCUCCGGACAAGAAAAUAGACAAGUUUCUUGCUUUGGCAUUGGAUCCGCCGCAACCGGAGGCCGUGGUGCAGGCCUGUUCGAGACUGCAGCUCUUAGGCGUGCUCAGGGAGAAGAGUGAAACGAUUACGCCACUGGGGCGAAUCAUUGCCGAACUGCCCCUAGGAGUGCAACUGGCCAAAUCAUUGGUCUACUCAAUAUACUUGCGCUGCCUUGGUAGCAUGACCAUCAUUGCGGCCUACCACUCGGUGAGAGAUCCAUUUGUGUUGAACACGGACCGCGGCAAGAAAUCGGGUCAGCAGACCGCCUGCCGACUUAAUUUUGCUGGCGACGGAACGAGCGAUUCGCUGGCCGCGUUGCAGCUCUACGAGGAGUUCACCAACUUGAAGCGCAUCAAUAUUGGCGAGUUUUGUGAGCGCAAUUUUGUGUGCCGCCACUCGAUGGAGAUGUUCGUAUCGGCGGUGUCCACUCUACGCGACACCGUGUACCGCAUUUUCGGUUCCAACCAGGCCAGUGCACGUUUGGCCUCGUCCUUAGAUAAGGAUACAAACAUGAUACGUCUGGCCCUGACGGCAGGCCUGUAUCCCAAGCUGGCGUACAUGGACCGGGAGAAUAAACACCAGCUGGUUGCCGAGGGUGAUCCCUUCGUUCAGGUUUCGAGAAGCUCUUGCCUGCUGGGCAGAAAGAAACAGAAGGCUUUGGCCAGCGAAUGGAUCCUCUUUGUGGAGAAGAGCCGUAGUGCCGAUCAGAGGUCCACACUGGAGCACACCACCCUGGUGAGUGCCCUAAUGGUGGCUCUGGCAGGCGGAAAGGUGUUCCGAGUUGAACCAUUCGAAUCGGAGGCGCUAUUGUGCCUAGACUCAUGGAUCCGCAUGAAAUGCCCAACUGAUUGUGGCCGACAACUUCGCAAUAUGCGAAGGCUAAUGGAUCGCGAGGUGGCCGAGUUGGUGGAUUCUCGCAAGUUCGGCCCAGCUGGCAAGUGGAUUGGCCCAGAGACGUUCUGCCGACUGAUGCUGGCAGACGUGCAAUCCGUUUGCUUGGCCGAGGGCAAAAGUCUGCCCGACGAGGGUAACUGUGAUAACGACUAUUAAAUUUUACGCUUAGGCCAAAAAACUGGAUACAUACUUAACACAUACUCACAGUAUUCGCAGAGUGAUGGAUCCGUAAAAAUAAAUCCACUUUUUUACGAUAAACCUAUAUUUGUACAGUGCGUUUCAAAAGCAUAAGACAGCAUUUCGUACCUGAUUAGGGCAGCUAAAUUCACAACUAAGAGGCUAAUAAAUAUUUCUCAAAAACAUUAUUAUUUAACAUCGAAUAUUUUAUAAAAUAUACAACUUUUAUAUAACAAUUUUUAUACAAACCCGGAAUCGAUUGAGAACAAUAUUUUAGCCUGACUCUUAAAAUGUACAAAGCAUUUGUUAGGUAAUACAGUUUCCAUUGUACUUAUUAAUUAAAAAUGUGAAUUUUAAGUAACUUACAGAAUGCUUUUGCCCAAUGUUCUGUUUUUAAGUUCUUGCGUAUCUGUGUUAGCUCAUAAGAGUUUUAAACGACUACUUAUGAGUACCUAAAAUUAUACAAAUUAAAAAAAUGGCGACAAAUUCAAUAUAUCUUGAAAAUGCUGAUGGUAACCGAUAAAAAAUGUGUUUUUUUAUUGUACUUUCUUUAAGAAUAUAAGAAUACUAUCACAAAAAAUCAUGCUGAUCAAACCGUUAAAGAUAUAGCAUUUUAUAGCUAACUUUGAGUAAUAAGUUAGAAUGGUUUCA